AGGAGAUAAGCAAGCAAACAGGCGGCUAGUUCACUCCAUGAUCUGAGAAUCUCCUGAUACUGAUAAACGACAUCUUCAAUACUACACUUGCAGAUGGAGAACUCCUCUGAGCCUUCUCGUUGGGUGUCCCCCGGUCUGCUCAGUCCAGACCCAUUGGUAAACUACACAACAGACUCUGGUUUACUGCCACCCGUUGAUGUAGAUGAACCUUUCUACUCCAGCUCUGAGACUGACCUACUGCCAUCGUAUUAUUCCACCAGCGUCCAGAGCCGAGCCUCGUCAUCCUAUAGACACAGUCCAGUUCGCCAAGUUUACUCAUCUCAGUCAAUUCUGGGAAACAUCCAAUGGCUAGACAACUCUGCAGGUCACUCUCUAAACUCUCCCUACAACCCCACAUCCACGGUCUGGUCCAGUAGCCCUUUCGCAAAAACACCUCUCCACUCUCACACCUCCACGUCCAUCUACCAGAACACUGCCACUCCAUCUUUCACCUCCCCCAAAGAGGGCUUCCCUUCCCCGAGUCGUGAUGGGAAAGACAGUCCCAGGCUCCAGGAAGUCCUGAAAGCCGAGCGCUUGAGUCCCAUGAGUGGAAGUGGAAGCAGCUUUCUCAAUCUGAGUUCAGCCACUGGAGGAGUUUACGGCCCUUCUCCACACAUGCUGAGUCCAUAUGGAUCCUACAUGAGCACAUCUCAAGACUACAGUUCAGCAGCGCUCUAUUCAACUGGGGGACCCUGGAUGAGCCCUUCAUCGUACUCACCCAAACUGCGCAACAAGAUGAGACUUUCGCCACCUGAGGCUCGUGAAUGUGUGAAUUGUGGUGCCACCGCCACCCCUCUGUGGCGUCGAGAUGGGACAGGCCACUACCUCUGUAAUGCUUGUGGACUGUACCAUAAGAUGAACGGCCAGAACAGACCCCUCAUCAGACCAAAAAAGAGGCUGAUUGUCAGCAAACGUGCUGGAACGCAGUGCGCCAACUGCCACACUAGUACUACAACACUAUGGAGACGCAAUGCCAGCGGCGAGCCUGUGUGCAACGCCUGCGGCCUUUAUUUUAAACUACACAAUGUCAACAGGCCUUUGACAAUGAAGAAGGAUGGCAUACAAACUCGAAACCGCAAGGUUUCAAACAGAAACAAGAAGGGCAAAAAGAAUGCAGCUUCAGAAGUUUAUCCUGACAUGUCUCACAUGGCACCUCCAGAUGAGCAUGUAGGAGCGUAUUCUCUGAACCCAGGACCCCUUCUGUCCUACAGUCACCCGGCUCAUCUACUGCCAACUUCCACCUUACACUCCUCUACCACUUUGCCCUACACCCAUCACCCAAACUCUGGCAUGAUGCCCACACUAGUGUGAAGGAAACAUCCACGGGACCAUAACGAAGCUUGUAAAUUAUGUUGUACACACUUUUUGUUUCCCUCAAUAAAUGCAUCCCGUCCUAUUUUUAUUGAAAGAGAUGCAUUAAAGCUGCUCCAUAUCUGCUGCAGUCAAACAGCUUGUCAGUGAUAUUUGAACCUGUUGUGUAGUUGAAUAGAAAAACAUGGCUGAAACUGUGAGCUAUAUCAUUUAAAUGUAAAUAUUGAUGAUUGUAUGGCUUAUUGUAUGUGCUUUAAUCAGACUAUUACGACUUCUUUUGAGACGUUCAAUAAAUGUCUUGUACUUAAAGA